UGAAGAAAUUAUAUUUUGGGACAGAUGCCCUUAAAGAUGACUCCAAGGAGGUAAUGUAAUUCAAGAAUUUCUGAAAGAAAAAAGGAAAGCACUAGUAUUAGGCAAGGAGUUAUCUUGUUCUAGUAGUGGUAACUCCCAAAGCAUUGAUGACAAAACUAAAACAGAAUAGCUAACAAGUGAUAUCAUAACUGUUGCCACUCAUCAACUUUAUAUGCAACACAUUGACUCUGUUUCCGCAUUACAAUCCUCAUCAUUUCAUCAGCUUUCUUGUUUUUUCUUCCAUUUUUCUUCAAAAGGGUUGAUCAAGAUCAAGAUCAAAAUGACUUGUGCAUGCUGUUUUCUUUUUGGUCUCCAUUACUCAAAUGCAGACCAUGGCUUUUGACUCUUCAACCAAAAACGCCAUUGCUGAUUCUUCUGACAAGUACAAUAACAUGUUUGUUAAAUGUGUAGUUGGUUUUCUGUUUUUGGGUGUUCUUUAUCGCUUCUAUUUCUUUACGCCAUUCCCCCCGGUUUUGGACUCUGACACUGACUUUCUUCGCGAUUCUACUUGGUUUCCUGUGCCACCGGACACUAGUCAUCUUCCGGGAAUUUAUAGCCCUGCUAGAUGCAACAUAUUUGACGGAAUGUGGGUUCCAGAUCCUAACCCUCCAUUUUACACCAACAAAACUUGCCACUCCAUUGAAGAACAUCAAAAUUGUAUGGAGAAUGGGAGGCCUGAUUCAGGGUAUGUCUACUGGAGGUGGACUCCACGGGAUUGUGCAUUGCCUAAGUUCAAUCCAGUGAAGUUUCUCUGGAUGAUGAAGAAUAAGUCAAUGGCCUUUAUUGGUGAUUCAAUCUCGCGUAAUCAUGUCCAGUCAUUGCUUUGCAUCCUUACACAGGUGGAAAAAGCUGUUAGUGUCUAUCACGACAAGGAAUACAAAUCCAGAACAUGGUAUUUUCCCUCGUCUGAAUUCACUCUUUCAGUAAUCUGGUCCCCCUUCCUCUUGAAAUCAACUAUAUUUGAAAACAAGGAAGGAGUUGCAUCAGAUAUACCCAAGCUUCAUCUCGACGAACUUGACCCUGUAUGGGUUGACAGAUACAAAGACUUUGAUUACGUUGAGAUUGGUGGUGGAAAGUGGUUUUUCAAAAAUGCAAUCUACUAUGAGAACAACACUAUUGUUGGCUGCCACAACUGCCCUCAACAGAAUCUAACCAAACUAGAUUUUACAUAUGCCUACCGCAAAGCAAUACGAUCAACUCUAAAGUUCAUCACCAGUCCAAAACACAAGGCUAUUGCGUUUUUUAGGACAUGCACGCCAGAUCACUUUGAGAAUGGGGAGUGGAACACUGGGGGUUAUUGUAACAGAACUGUUCCAUACAAAGAAGGCGAGAUUGAUUUAAUUGAUGUGGACAUGGCAAUGCGCAAGAUUGAGCUAGAAGAAUUUGUGAAGGCAGCAGCAUCAGAGAAAAACUCGGUUUUAAGACUGUUUGAUACGACUCAUCUGUCAUUGUUGAGACCUGACGGGCAUCCAGGGCCUUACAGGAAACCGCAUCCGUUUUCAGGUAAAGAUAAGAAUAAAAAAGUGCAGUUAGAUUGUUUGCAUUGGUGCUUGCCUGGGCCAAUUGAUGCUUGGAAUGACUUGAUGAUGGAUAUGCUGCUCCAUGAAUGAAGAUUAUACUUAUUUCAAGAGCCAGAUGAAUGGCGACGGGUUUCCCAUCUAGGGCGGCAUAUGUUUAUAGUGAAUUCUGAUAGGAUCUGGUGUUAUCAGUUAUGUAACCUUGUUUCUACUUGGAAGAAGGGGUGAGAUUGCCUAUAUCUUACCUUAGCCAGACAUAUUAGUAUUUAUAGUUUGGUUAGUUAUGUAAUUCCAUUUUGUUGAUAGAUAUCUUGAUUAUCCAUAUUAUGUUAUGUUAACAUAUGUA